AUGGGCCUAGAGGCAGUCGCCAGAGUGUUCCCAAAGCUGAAUGAGAUGGACAAUACUAAGGCGAUUCGGGCUCUGCAAGGCUUCCUUGCGAUUAUUGCCUCUCUUGUCGCUCACGCUGAGAAGAAAGUUAUGGAGUCAAAUGUGAACACCAAGGAGAGAUGGCGAUUGGAAUUGAGCGUGGAGAGGGAAUUGCACAAGGCCCUCUACCAGAGUCAUCGAGCCGAGGUGGGGUAUAUGGAAGAGAGGAUCAACAUAUUGGCGAAAGAAAAUAAUGACCUUGAGCACUCAAAAGAUAAAAUCUUGAUCUUUUAUGGACCAUUGUAG